GUGGCUUAAUAGACUGAUGUCAGCCCACAAUGGAUCACGAAGCAAUGAGAGCUUUCUUCCUCAAGCGGAAAGGGGCCGGUGAUCACAGUCCGGACAGUCAAACCACUGAUCUCGGAGAUAUAGAGCCACAGAGAAAUCUGGAGUCUUUCCCGCACAGCAAUACGAACCUGGUACCAAGAGGAACUGCUCUCAUGGCACCUGAAGAGACUAGGCCCUACGGGCCUCUGUUCCUGUACGAACCUCCUAACGCUGAAGUCGACAUCAUCCUUAUACAUGGACUUGGGGGUGAUCGACAGAAUACAUGGACAUGGACAAACAUUGAUGGAGAACGCUGCUUCUGGCCGGCCGAUUUGCUUCCUACCGAUCUUCCACGAGCUAGGGUUAUUACUUGGGGAUAUGCAGCCAGGACGAUCAAUUUGGUCGACGUUGUCUCUCAAGCACCCUUGAAGUCGCAUGCGGACAAGCUGUGUACUGAGCUGAGCAACCUGCGGGAGGGGAUCGAGCAGCGGCCUCUCUUCUUCGUUGCGCACAGUCUUGGCGGGAUUGUAACAAAGAGAGCGAUACUACAUUCCAGUGAAUCUAAUUUGGAAGGUAUCGCCGCCAUCGGAGAGGGGACUCGUGGUGUUGUCUUCAUGGGCACUCCUCACGACGGAUCUGGCUACGCCGAUGUUGGGUCGUUUCUGAUAAAUCUGGUCAAGAUCUUCAUCCGUCAUCAGCUCAAUAAUCAGGUGAUAGAAGGGUUGAAAAGCCAUAAUCGAGAGAUCCAGGAGCUGGAGCGCCGUUUCAAUCAGCUCCUCCUUCGCCGCCGUCCAACCAAGACCGCCAUUGAAGCACGAUGCUUCUGCGAGACCGAGCCAAUGAACGCCGUGGUAGGCCUAGUCGUUCCAAGCCUUUCAUCAGCACCGCCAGCUUAUGAAACUCCUAUCGACGUCGAUGCCAACCAUGUCAACAUAACAAAAUUUUCAGGGCCCCAUGAUCAGACAUAUCAGAACGUGCUAGCAGAGCUAAAACGCAUGAUAAGGUCGGCCAAAGAGCGACAGCAGUCUGGAAACGAAACUGGUAAUGACGGUACACCUGUGACACACGUUGGGAAUAAUACGCAUGGUGCUUUAGCCAACUAUGCCCCGCAGAAUAUUCAGAACAACACGGGAGGUUCUGUCCAUUACGGCAAUGUGAACACAUACAACUAGUAUCUGCACGUUUUGGGGAUAAUGGGUCGAAUGGAAUGAAUCCGCUUUCAUAUGGUGGAUGAUAGAGGGUAGAGUAUGACUCUGUACGCACGCAAUAUUAUUAGCAAAUCGGCCAAUAGAUGGGACGGUGCGUUUGAAGGUUUACCUAGGUCCCUACGGGGUUACCCUCGUUCAUCGAUUACCCUUAUCUUUGAACAAGACCCGAUUUUGAAAGUUAAAGCUCUCUUAC